CUUUGUACGUCACAACAGUUGCAUCAGAAACGUGAGAAGAAUAGAACCAUAAGGAGAAAGCGAAAUAAACUUGAUCCUAGAGGUGAUGCAAGGAUUCAGUUUGCGAUCGUCUCUCGAAGUUAUCGGAAGUGGAAUAUCGUGAGAAACGCUACAACCGACGAAAAUUGAUAAUAAACAAAACAACUGGCAAUUGAGAGGCGUUGAAAAGUUGAACUUCCACCGUAGAACAUUCGAGAAUUUAAUGGCUUAUCAUGAGCUUUCCGAGGAGUGUCAUCAUUACGCUGCCUAAAGGCAUGCAAAAAACUGCACUCGGUAACGAAAUAAAUUUUGCGACUUCGAUUCGUGGAGCCAAGCCGAAGAUGGAACCGAGGAAAAUGAAGGUUGAGGAAAUGGAUGAUUCAACGUGUGAGAUUGUUAAACCAGACGAGUGGCUGAGGGGAAAAAAGAGAAGGCUUGAUCACCUCACGUGGGAGGAGAAAUUACAAAGAAAAAAGCUGAAGAACCGAGUGGCAGCCCAGACAUCCCGAGAUCGCAAGAAAGCCAAGCUCGACGAGCUCGAGGAAACUGUGCGUGCCCUCCAUGAGCAGAACGAUCUCCUCUCGGAAGAAUGCGCUCUCCUACGCUCUCAGAACGAGGCCCUCAUUGCCGAGACCCAACGUCUCAAGUCCGAGUCAAAGAGUCCCUCGGAGAAUUCACAAUCAGCAUCAUCAGUAACUUACUGUGAAUCGUGUCAGAAUCGUGUCGCUUGUGUUAAGCCCACACUGGGAUCUGCCGCGUCCCCCAACCCUCUGCCGCAGGGUGGCAAAACACAAUCGGCACCAGCUCUGACCCAAAAUGCAACGGUAAUCUUGAAGAUACUGACCCUCUACCUCCUCUCGAGGAGCUCUUUGGAGAUCUUCAAGGGGACGACUACAUCAUCAGACUCGAAGAACUCGCCGAGAGCCUUUUGCGAGAGGUUACCGCUGAAGUGGAAGCAAAUUCUAAUCGAGCAAAUGACAAAGACAGCGGGAAGGAAGAUACCGCUGAAGAAUAUGACAAUACAAAGAGAAUGGUGGGGGAGACAUCAGAAAAUGUGGAAACCAGUGCAGCCAGUGAAGGCUUGAGGGACUCAUAUCCAUCGGAAUCAGUUCCAGAUUGUUUUCCGCUCGUUUACACAGAGACAAAUAAUGAAGUUUUGACAAAUUCCACCAUCAUUCCGGUCCCUUCAGACCAGAAUUCCAAUUAUUUAUCCCCGGCGGAUCUUCUGAAGCGUAAAAUUAAACAGGAACCAGUUACUAAUGAUCUCGAUACAGUCUACGGAACUUACGACGAGGCUACCAAUUGUAUCACCAUCAUUUGUACUGAGGAUGAUGAUGUUGCCAUCCAGGAAUGCGUUCAGGAAGUCUCCAGUGAUGAUAGCACACAUUUAACACCGAAAUACUCAUACAAAGAUCACCUUUCACCUGGCUACACUAUUUCUGACAGUUUGUCACCUGUCAGUAUUCAUUCGGACGAUUCUGAUGGACAUCUGAGGUAUAAACAUGAUGACUGUGGAUACGAGUCUCAUGACGAACCUAGAGUCGAGAAGAGCCCAAAUGUCACACAGUUGGGUGACCCCUGGCACGAGAGCUUCUCGAUUUUAUUCCCUAGUCUUGCUUGAUAAAUUUCAAAGCCACGAUUGUCCUGAUUAUUUACAAAAAUGAACAAUUGUAAUUUCUCUGAAUCGAUCCAGCUUUUUUUCUAUUGCAUAGAAAAAUGAAAAUUCUAUUUUUUUUUCGACAUCUUUGCUGCACCUGGACCCCCCUUAAGCUAAUUCAUUUUUAACAAGGACAAUUCGAGGCCAUUCAUUUUCUCAUAACGAAAAAUUUGUACAUAAAAUGUAAAAUACUGUUUAUAUAUUUUUGUAUGUGCUGAAUUACUUGAGCAUUCCUCUUUGCGAAUUGAUUUUCGGUGUUUUCUGUGUGUAAGCCUCGUUGUGGGAUUAAUUGUCUCAAUUAAAUUACGUUUGGAAUCUUUUAAUGGUCGUGUAUUUAUUGAACGUUUUCUUAAUGUUUAGGAUUAUCAAUGUUUACUGAGAAAACAACACCGUUGAUUGUACAAAUAAACAAUCUGGAGCCUGAUUUCGUAUAAAACUGA